GAUAUAUUAUAUAUUCUUAAUCAAUUAUGAAGGUGUUGGAGAUGAACAUACAAAAAUAGUGAAAGAAGUAGUAGAAAAACAACAAAAGAUUUUAGAAAAAGAUACUGAAAUUGCUCAAUUAAAAGAAAAGGUUCGAAUGGGUGAAGGUGAUUGUAUAAGACCAGAAAAAUCAGAAUGGGAUGUAAUUAAAGAAAAUUUCAGAGUCCUUGAUAUUGAACUUAAUGAAAAAAAUCAACUGAUAAAAGAAUUACAGGAUACGCUUACAUUAAAUAAUGUAAAAUUAUCGGCGUAUAUUACAGAAUGUGAUGACUUAAAAUUUAAGAACAAAAAUCUUAUUGAUAAUAAAAAUUCAUUACUGAAAGAAUGUAGUACAAGAAGUGACGAAUUGAAAGAAAAAUGUGAAGAAAUAAAUCAAUUAGUAAAGCAAUUACAAAAUUUAAAUGAAAGUAUAAUGAUUACAAAUAACAUGGAAAAAGAAAUUGAACAAUUAAAAAUAAAGUUGAACUUGUUACAAGAAGAAAAUAUUAAACUGCGAAAGAAACUUACAGAUACAAAUGAAAUCAUUUGGAAGAAUAAUGAAUUAAUAAGAGACUUGAAAGAUAAACAAGAGGAUGAUCAACAUAAUUUUGCAUCUAAAGUUCUUAAUUACGACACACUGCUAGCAGAAAGACAAAAUAUAAUUAAUAAUUUAGAAAAUACAAACUUGUCCAUAAAUGAAAGAUUAAAAGAUGCAGAAAAGAAAAUUUUAUCAUUGAAUAAGACAAUUACAGAAUUAAAUGAACAUAAUAACGAAAUGAAAAUGUUAGACGUUCUCCACGAUGAUGUUUCGAUAGUCGAAAAUAAUAUAACAAAAUUAGAAACCAAAUCUUCGAAAUAUAAAUUAGAACUAUUAAACUAUGAAAACAUUAAUAAAGAAAAUGAACUAAGAUUAGCUGCUUUUACAAAAGAAAAUCAAAUAAUACAAAAACAUAUUGAAAUUUUAAAAGAGAAAUUAUCAGUAAAUUUGACGGAAGAAAUUAUUACUGAUGAUGAAUUGAAAUACAAAUUGCAGUAUCUUCCGAAUGAAUUAUACAACAAAAUUAUGAAUCUUAAAAACAAAGUAAAUAUAUAUGAUGAUGCACAGAUAAAAUAUAAUUUACAUCAAAAUGUGGAUAAAGAUUCUAAAGUUGAGAAAUAUAAAUCGAAACAAAAAGAAAAAGAGAAUACCAUAGAGGAUCUCUGGAAAAUACAGAAUUUAAUUGAUGAAGUUGAAAAAAAGGACUUUGAAAUAGAAAAUUUUAAGAAUCGUGUAGACGAUUUAUCUCAAGAAAAUGAUGAUCUUUAUAAAAAACUGAAGUUUCACAAAGAAGAUUACGAAGAUAAAUUAACAAUAUUAAAAAAAAAAUAUGAUAGCAGUAUAAGUGCACUUCAUAAAAAACAUAAAGAAAAUAUAGAACAUUUAAAAAUGAAUUUUGAAGAAAUUAAUGGCGAAAAAAUUAUUUUUGAUUCUGAGAGUUGGUUACAAUCAUUAAGUAUUAAAGAAUUAACAAAUGUUCACAAUCGAAUAUACUCAUUGAUGAAUAAAUUAGACAUAAAUAAUGAUCACAUCAAUCAAAAAACAAUACUAAACGUUAUUGAUAAAGAAGACAUGUGCGAAACAUUAGAUAAAUUAACGAAUAUAUGCGACAACGAUAAAAAAGAUCCAUCGAUGGAAACGCAACAUAAACAGAUAGAACUACAAGAAGAAAAAACACGAAUUCUAAACACGCAUAAUUUAAAGCUAAAACAACAUAAUUCUUCUAAGACAUUACUUAAUCUACAGAAAUAUUCCUUACAUAAUAAGGAUAAAGAUGAAAUUAAAGAAAAAAAUAUCUUUCAUAAUAAUGCUUGGGAAAGAACUAUGUUCUUUGACCCAAUUCCUCAUAAAAAGAAAUACAAAUAUAACUUAAAUCCAGGGUUGCAAGAUAACAAAAAAUAUGCAAAUAGAGAUAUAACAUCGAUAUCUGCUAAUAGAGCAACAAAAAAAAAUACUAUCGAUUGGCAAAGAAAGAACUUCAUUUAUCAAUGUAGUGUACAUCAUAAAAAAAGUAAUAUUUGUUGAGAAAAGUGUAAAGACCAUAUUCAAAGAAUAUAUGCAUUACUUCGAUUACUUCAGCAAAAUAUAUACAGAAGACCAUACUGAUUACUACAAUUUAAUUAUUGACAAAAGUAUAACAAGAGUGAAGUUGCAAAAAUUUUUUGAAAUGCAUUUAAUUCUUAUAAUUUUUUAGAAGAUAUUUUACUUGUUCUGUUAUUGUUUGUACAAGCGAGAUUAUAAUA